CACACAGUACAUACACAGAAGGACUACCAGUGGAGCAGAACUUCUAGAUGACCCUUGCCGUCUCACACAGUAACUCCAGACAGUUCGCCUAGCUAGCCUGUGUCCACGCUUUCUCUCUCUCUGUUUGUGUGGGCAGCAGGUGAGUGAAUCCCUCUGUCUGUCUGUCUGUCUGUCUGUCUCGCUCCCUCCUUUUUCUCUCUCUCUCACUGGCCAUGUGGGAGUAGAACAGAUAAGAGGUCUCAACGGUCGCAACUGUUCUUCGAUAUCUCUCUCUCCACCUGAGCUACUCUCUCCAUGCCUGAUGAAUGUAAAUAUAGCAGACCGAGAUGCCAAGGAGGGUGUUGACACCACACACACCUUCUCAUUGUGCCAACCCUGACCUGGAGAAGAAGAGGAGGAGGAAGAACGAGUGACUACACACAAUCCUCUGGAACCCACAUGCAGUGACAUCACUUCUGGCAGACUACACACACAGAGUGGCGUGAGUCAGUGUAUGACGUGCGACAGAAGGUCUCUGUGAGUGUUUGUGUGUUAAACCAAAUCAGCCUGGGACCUGGGUAUGGAAUGGAGGACGCUGAAACGGCAUAACCCUUCGUCUGCUGGCUGUCAGUCUGAGUGUCAGCUGGUAUACACAGAUAAACUGAAACACUAAUAAACCGCUGGAGGACCGUUGGUUUGUUGUUGUGAUUUAAACCCAAACGUGACCAGGAAGUCUCGCCCUGCCCUGUUACACCCCAGAGGAAUACCUCCGUCUUUACCGGCGUUUGUGUGGGUGUGUGUGUGUGUGUGUGUGUGCUGGAGAGCAGGAGCAGGGAUUUUCCAGAUCGCUGGAUUGCCUAAUUGCCACUUUGGAUUUGGGAAGCGCGCCCUGGAUUUUGAAACACAAAGGUCGAGAGGAAGAGAGGAGUUUAUCUGGUUUGGCUCAAUGAUAGAAGGAUGAAAUGAAGGAGAGAAUUUGUUGAGACUGUCUGGGUCAGAGUUAUGAUUGGGAACAGUGACUCUGGAGCUACUGGAGAAGAAGACAGCAGGACCAAACUGUCAUGUCAAAUGAUCUUUUACUAUCACAUAUAGGUAAAUUCACUUUGAAUUGGAUUGUUCCUUCAACAGCUCGACUUUGGACGUGGGACUUUUGAUUCAGUCUCUCUAUUUUUGGUUAUUUUCUAAGUAUUUUUUUUGUCUGCCAGAGUGAGUGAGGAUGAGGAGGGACAGGAGUUCGGGGUCAUUCCGUAAGGUUCGUAAGGAGAAGUCGGAGGGUCUCUCCAGAGCUCUGAGCUGGCUGAGUGUGUCCUCUCUAUCUAGACAGACCCGACGCAUCUUCCGCAGCCAGUCAGAGCUGAACACACACUCCCACACACACUCCCACACACACUCCCGCUCACACUCACACCUGCACCCAGGGGAGGCAGAGGAGGAGGAUGAUGAAGACUGGGUGUAUGAGCCGCAGCAUCGCACAAGAACAGCGGUGUCUAACCUGGAUGAAGAGAGUAAGUGGACGGUCCACUACACAGCUCCGUGGCACCAGCAGGAGAACGUGUUCCUGCCCGGCAGCAGACCGCCCUGCGUAGAGGACCUCCACCGCCAGGCCAAGGUCAACCUCAAGACCGCACUGAGGGAGUGUGACAAGUUAAGGAAGGAUGGUUUCCGUAGCUCCCAGUACUACUCUCAGGGCCCCACCUUCUCUGGCAGGGCAGAGUCCCACAGCAGCCUGCAGGAUGAUGAGGACUACACAGACAAGAAGUCCACGGCCUCGUCAACGGAGGAUGACAAGUCCCUGCACCCCAUGAGGCCCCAGACCCCCCAGGAAGAGGAGGGGAUAGAUGAGUGUGACGGACAGGUGCGCUACUACAAGGCCCCACCCCUCCCCACCCCUGAGGAGAAGAUGAGGAUGCAGGCUCAGGCCGUGCCCACUGACAUCAUCCCUAUCAACGUCACAGGGGCAACGUUUGACCGGCAGGCCAGCAUCCGCCGCUCCCUCAUUAACACUGACACAGUCUCCCGCCGGCCCAAGAAGGUCAAACGCAGAAAGACUAUAUCAGGGCUGCCUGACAACAUCUGCACCGAACUAGUGGGGAAAGGACGUGGGGGCGAGCUCCGGCCACAUUCCAUGUUCAUCCCGGGACAGUAUUCCACAUUGGGAAGAGUCGGGAGCGUCAACUCAUCGCUCAGGCAUUCCGAGACAAGGGAUUCUGGUUGCCAGACUGAGGAGGUGAAGAUCGUUCCGCCGUCCAUGCGGAGAAUCCGGGCUCAACGGGGACAAGGAAUCGCAGCCCAGAUGGCUGGAAUUUCCACAUCCUCGUCUACAGGAAGCAUCUCAGUCUCCAGUAGCGACGGCUGUUCCGGAAUGCUGGUCCUACCCCCGCAUCUGAAUGUAGAUGCCCAGCGCUUCCACAGUCUUCCCAGACCCGGGCCAAGGGUGUCUCUCAGUGCUGAGCUCAUCUACAGCAGCACCCCCAUCAGGCCGGAAGACCACAAUGCACCCCAGAGGCAGAUCGGCAAGCUGCAGGUGGACAACACCGUGGUGCAUCUGAGAAACGCCCCCAAGACAGGUACUCUGCCACGGCCCAAGUCUCAGGAGGUGCGGGGGUCCCAGACAGGGGACUGGGGUGGUGGUCCGGCAUGUGUGGUGUCCCCCCACGCUGCCUACUCCACAUCCCUCAUCCCCAACGCCACCAUGUCCUUCUCUGCCGAGGUUGUGACCCUCCAUAAGUCCUCCAGCCAGCACCCCCAGUCCCCCGGGACGGCCUACCCCACCUCCAGGCCUCUCAGUCUGGCCGCGAGCACCAGCAUGGACCCACUGAGCUCCACCUCCUUCACCCACAGGACCACCUGCCCUGCCCGGGCCACCUCCACACCAACACACACACAUCCCCAAGACGGAGGGGUGAUUUCCCCGGCAACGCCCAGCGAAUCGGGCUGCUCGGAUGGCAGCCUGCACAGCCACACAAGCACCAUCGCCGCUACGACUCCGUCCUCGGCCGACGACCAGUGGUCAAUCUACGACACGCCGGAAAACGUGGUCCUGCCCCGGCGUCCUCUGACCUCUAGCUGCUCCACUCCCAUCAACCACCUGAACAGCAGCCUGGAGCUGUCGUCCCGCACCACCACCGACUCCAGCUCCCUGUACUCCCAGGACAACGACGGCUACUACACCUCAAUGCACCUGGACUCUGGCCUGCGCUCCAGGAGCCAUGGUAGCGGGCAGGGCCACGGGGUGGUAGCCGGCCGGACUGCCAGACACAGCAUGUACGAGUGCCGCGAGCUGCCUAGCCACGAGGAAGAUUCUAACAGUCUAUACAGCGACCGCUCACUGUCCCGCAGCAUCUCUCUCCGCAAGGCCAAGAAACCGCCGCUGCCCCCGGCCAGGACCGACUCCCUCCGCCGCAAGCCUGGCGGGAAGAAGCCCCUCGGUGGAGUUAGUGCAGUUAGCGGGGUUAAUGUGAGCGCUAACGGAUCGGUGCUGAACGAGACAUUGAUCGCUAGCCUGCAGCAGAGCCUCCAGAUGGGAUUGAGAGAUCGAAAGGGGAAGGGCGUAUCCCCUUCCUCGCCCUCCCACAGCCCGUGCAGCGACUACGAGGACCCCUGGUUGCUGCGACCACGGAGCCAGAGCAGUGUGAGCGCCGCCAGCUCCGCCGCGUCGCUAGCGGCUAACAACACUAACAGUUGCGUAGUGGCUAAUGUGUACUCACUCUGUCAUGUGACGCCAGCUCACAGCGACACCAGCAGCCUGCGCUCCGAUUACGCAGAGUCCUGGGGCUACUACAUGGAUUACCCCCGUAACCAUGGAGACCAGGGGCCGCAGUCCCCCUCCAUUCACCAACACCACCCUGCUGCCAACAUUGUAGCGGGCACACACCCGAGGGGUCUGUCGAAUGGAAGUGGGAGUCUCCACAAUCACAUCAAUAUCCAGGCCUCGGUCCCUCCAGCCCAGGAGGGAGGUGUGGCGGUCAAGCCCAAGACGGCCACCUCGUCCCCGGACAGGAUCCAUAGACUGACUUCCCCCUCCAGCGGCUACUCCAGCCAGUCCAACACCCCCACGGCCGGCACCCCCGUGCCCUCCUUCAUGAGGUCCCACUCACCCUCGGGGCGGCCCAAGCCCAAAGUGCCUGAGAGGAAGUCUUCACUCCUGUCAUCCAUUUCCAUCUCCUCCUCCUCCACCUCCCUCUCCUCAAACGCCUCUGACUCUCUCAGGAACUCUGGCCCACCUCCUGCUCCCCUGCCUCCCACCUCAGCACCCACCAAACCCAUCAGCCCCCCACCUCCUUUCCCUGCUCCUCUCCCCCCAUCCAGCCCCAGCUCUCCCCCUCUGCCCCUCGCACCUCCAUUACCCACAACCCCUCAGGGCACCCCCAUGAGCCCGCCCCCUUACUCCACCUCUCCAGACUUCCCUCCCCCUCCACCUCCAGAUUCCCUUAUCCACCCCAGCCUCUCCUUCAACGGGACCCUCAGUCCUCCUCCUCAUCCACCUCCAUUCCCCUCCAUGGUCCCCUCUCCUCCACCACCUCCCCCCCUGCCUGCCCCUGCUCCACCCACAGCCUCCCCUCUCACCCUGAAGGCAGCAAAGAAUGCUCUAAAACCAGAUGCGUUCACUAACAGCCCAGCAGCCAAGGAGGCCGGCAAGUCCCCCAUGCCCCUGAUCACCCCAUUCGCCCUGCAGAGUGUGCGCCUCCGCUCAGUCAAGCGGCCAGAGGAGCAAGUCAACGGCAAGGUGGAACAUACCAAAGCUCAGGAAACGGGGGGCAACCAGUUCUGGGCCCUCAAGCCCCACACGCCGGAGAAGCUUAAGCAGCUGGAGCAUCCCACUAUGCUGCCCCUGAUGAACUGCACCAGUCCAGAGGAAAUCACCAAGGCCUCAUCAUCUGCUGUGAAGAAGCUCUUCGCUGAACUGUCCGCGGACGGCAGUGACUCUGAGAUGCUGCCUGGGGGCGCCGUCACCAACGGUAAACCUGAGGAACAGAGCCUGUCCAACAGCUCAGCCCAACCAGAUCAGGAGGGGCAGUCACCCCUCCCAAGCCCCGUGGAGGAGGCAAUCAAAAUCCCCCCAGUCAAACAGAAACCCUCAGUGGUCUCCAAGAAGCCCAAACUGUCUCUUGUCACCCCCCAGUCUGUGGUGGGAGAGGAGACCGCCCAGACUACCACCACACUGAGCCCCCAGGAUGAGACCACCACCUCGGCCACCACAGAAGAAGACCAGGUGGACGCUAAAGUGAGAGAGGAAGAGACUAAGGAGGAGGGAAAUGAGGAGAAAGAGCAGGAGGAAGAUGAGGUUUCAGAGAGUUCCUCAGCCCUGACAGAGUGUAGUGAACCCUUCACCUCCACGAAGAGCCAGAAGGAGACCCAGCCUCCGGCCACCGUCACACAGGAGACAAGCCUCGCUGAGGGGCAGGAGCAAAACAGAGAGGCUGAGGAAGAGGAGGAAGAGGAGGAAGAAGAUGAGGAAGAUGGGACCAGCAGUACCACUGGAUCAGUCAGCUCUAAGGACGACGAGAGUGGUGAGGUGUUUGAUUCAAGCAGCACUGCUGAGUCUUCGCCGGCCCCCAGCACCAACAGGACCCCCAGGCGGGGGGAUAUGGUGACCCCCACACGCCCCCGAACUACCGAGGACCUCUUUGCUGCCAUCCACAGGUCCAAGCGGAAGGUUCUGGGUCGUAAGGAGUCUGAGGAGGACAAGACGCAGGGCCACUCCCCCUGUCCGUCUCCCCCUGUCACCCCCACGGGCACCUCCCCCAGCCUGGUAUCCUCGCUGCCCAUGGGCAGGCAGACGGGCUCCAUUCAGCGCAACCUGCGUAAGUCUGCCACCAGCAGCGACACCUUCAAGGCUCUGCUCCUGAAGAAGGGAAGCCGCUCUGAGACCAGCUUCCGCAUGUCGGCCGCUGACAUGCUGCGUUCCACAGACCCGCGCUUCCAGAGGACCCGCUCCGAGUCCUCCCUGGACCCGCCCUCCUCACCAUCGUCGCCGACAACACCACACAGCCCUUGCGCUUCCCCAGGUCGCAGCAAGAGGGCGCCAGAGGAGUGGGCCCGCAAUGAGGGCCUGUCCUACUCCUCCUCCCCAUCAUCGUCACUGAGCGGGAUGAAGUACGGGCGAUCGCGCACGCCGCCCUCUGCUGCCAGCAGCAAGUACAACGCCCGCAACCGCAUCCUGAGCAGCCCUAUGACGGUCAUCUGCGAGCGUGAGGGGGAGUUAGCUGAGAGCGCAGAGUACGGAGACGUCCCUGACAGCCAGCCCUGCCCCUUGCCCAUGCCCCUCCCCCUGCUCCAGGAUUCCAACGGCACUUUAUCUGAGGAGAGCAGUAGUUAGAUAGAAGGGACCGCCCCCUGGAUACAGGGAGCUGAACUCACUCAUGGUCCCCUGGGAGGGUGGAGGAGCCAAUGAUAGGCCCUCCAGAGACUCAUGUGCCCCCCGAGCCCCACCCCUGGCUCCACCCACCCCUGGCUCCAGAUCCUGUAGGUUUUGGACCUGGUUCUGAGGAAGCGGACCUGACUGGCCCUGUGGCCCUCACGGACUGACCGGACUGUUCUUAGUCUGAAGUGGAGACCGACUCAGCUGCAGCUUUUCAAGACUAAUUUUCCUCAAUCACAUUUCUGCAUUUAAUUUUGAUAACCCAUCGUUUGUGUUACAAAAAAAGUAAUAAUUAUCGUUUUUUUCCAAAGACUGAUUUUCCCAUUGUUUUGUUUGUUUGCUCGUUUUAAUAAAAAAUUAUUCCUGUUAGAGCUUCGGAGGUGCUGAUUGUAUUCAGGGUUGGUUCCUGUAGUUUUUAGAAGGUUUCUCUAAGGUUAAGGGAAAAGCUAAGGUGAUAUGAAGGUAUUGAAAAGUGACAAGUUGUUUUUAUUUUGGCUGCAGUGGUGCCAUUAGUUAGUCAGGCAGUGGAAUGUGGAACUUGAAGAUGUGCUGGGGCUGGCUUAAAUGCAGUGUAUUUCUGUCUGCUUGCUACUUAUCUCAUGUUAUCUUGAGUCUAAAGGCCAUUAAUAUACCAUUGCUUGUGAGUAUGUAUGGUAAAACAUUCUAGAACACCAAAUGGUUCUGGGACACAGCUCCAGCUUUGGUUCUUGUGAAGUUUUUUUUCUUCUGCUCUUUGAAGUCUGUGGUUUGGUAGUUUGCAGGAGCUGGAACUUUCAGUGGUCAAGGGGAAGUGCAGAGGGCUGGUGACUGCCCCCUAGCGACAGGCAGGUGAAGAGACGCACAUGGACAAUGGCUAGGUCUGUUCUACACACGACACACAGCCAAUAUGAUGGAUUUAAUAUGGAGGUUUGGAAAACCUUGGGUGUUUGGAAUUUUAGUUUGUAGAUUUGCACUGUCCAUAUGUGUUUCCUUUUUCUUUGUGUAAUUUUAAAACCGUGUUUAGAAUUGUUUUAUAUUGUUUUAAGCCUGUGUUUAGGUAUUCUCCCUUUCCCUUUCACUCAUGUUUGGAAAUGAAGAAUUCAUCUUUAAAAAAGUCAAAUGGAAAAAAUACUUAAACUGUCAUAUUUUUAUUUGUGAUCAUUUUGGUUACCAAAGAGCUAAACAAUUAAACGUAGCCUCAUGUUUAUGCUAAUAUGGACACAAUCUGAAUCUGUGAUUGGCCGUACUGGACCAGACGUAUUGACCGAGGUAUUGUGGAGUUUGGUGAGAUUACCUUCUAGAACCUUCUAGGGCUUAUGAUUAUGAUUACCAUCACUCAGUUUACGUUUCUACUAGGUUUCUCUCUUCCUGCACAGUUUUAUAUGGUUAUUUUUGUUUUAAAAAAGUGUUUAAGUAACAUUUGACUUAUUUUCAAAGACUUUUUUGUUGAAAGGGAGUGGUUUCCUUUUGUAGACUAUUUAUUUUAAAAUAGUGAGGCUGUGAUGUGGUACUCCAACACCCAGCAACCAGCAGUCAGGUACUCCAGCCAACCAGCAGUCAGUACUCUAGCCCCAGCCAACCAGCAGUCAGUACUCUAGCCCCAGACGACCAGCAGUCAGGUGGAGGUGAGGAAAGGUUUGGGGCGGGGAGGGAUCUGGAUGUGCGGGGACAAGUGGAGAGCCAGGACCACAGUUCACAGGCUAGGUUUACAAAGAUAGAGUAAAUAUUGUAACAUUAUAGUGGUAUUAAAAACCUAAAGAGGUACAAAAAUAAGUAAUAAAACCAUAAAGAUUAAUAAAGGUGAAAUAAAUACAUUAUUUUAGCUCUUUGGUAUUAAAUGAAAUAUUCCACCCUGGUGCAAAAGCUCAGUAAAUCUGACCUGAUGUGUCAUAGAGGAGGUGACAAGCGUGACUCUUCAUACCCUCGUAGAGCCUGUAACGGCCCAGGUUUAAUCACCUGUGACAAGUGUCUCGCAGAGUUCAGACCCAGCCAUGACUGAGAGCUCAUCUCAGUCCGGCUCACGAUGGGAGCUUAUGAAGUCUCAAUCUCAGCUCGCUAAGGAGGAGGAGGAGGGGAAGAGAGGAGGGAGGAAGGGAAGAGAGGAGAGGGAUGAAAGGAGGGGAGGGGGAGAUAGUGGAUGUAAAGGCAGAGGAGGCAGGCUGCUAACCUCUUGUGUAUAUGUCUAUGUAAUAAAACAUGUUGAUAUUUAAA